UAACAGCUUUUGAAGAAAUCCUGGUAAGCUUCUUGACAGUAUGUCGAAACAGAAAGUGUACCUAGUCAAUAAACUGUCCUGGGGCGCGCUAAACCUCACGAUGAAUCUUAGUAUCGUCACAGCACGAUAUACUGUGUGAUCGCGCAUCGUUUCUGACUCCAUGCCGGACUGAUGAAGCAUAGUGCUCAUUCCCGAAGACCACUGCAUAUUAAGAGGCCGUCCUACAUAGGUACUUUGAAAAGUUUGUUCAUGGAUAACUUCGCUGCCGUACGUCAUCACAAAUGCGAAUACCCCGCUACGUGGGGCUCAAAGCCAAAACACGCAAAACACCAGGCACACGAGGGGCACCACACUUACCCUAUCGACACCCAUUCGCAUCCUUUCAUCAUGGCCGAAGAAGCGACUACCGACUACACGCUCGCCAAUCCCGAUACUUUGACAAAGUAUAAGACCGCGGCUACCAUCGCCGAGAAGGUUCUCAAAGAGGUUUCAGGAUGGUGCACUGAGGGUGCCAACAUUGUCGAAAUCUGCGAGCGUGGUGACAAGCUACUAGAAGAGGAGACCUCCAAGGUCUACAAGGGCAAAAAGAUUCCCAAGGGUAUCGGACACUGCACGACCGUUUCUCCCAGCUCAUACGUCACACCCUACACUCCCUUGAAAUCAGACGCCGAGGAGGCAGGAACGACCCUCAAGGCUGGAGAGUCCGUCAAAAUUCAACUGGGAGCUCAGAUUGAUGGUUUCAGUGCCAUUGUCUGCGACUCAAUCUUGGUCGGUAACCCAGCUGAAGUCUCUGGACGCGAGGCCGAUCUUUUCCUGGCCACGUACUACGCAAAUGAACUGCUUCUCAGGCUGAUGGUUCCACCUGGUCUCGUGGCCUCUACCACUGGCACUGAAGAGGAACAGAAGAAGGCCGCCACCAGGAAGCCGUAUACCCAGACCCAGAUCACUCAGAUGUUGGAGAAGGUCGUUGCGUCGUAUGAAUGCAACCUGGUCGAGAGCACCACCAUCUGGCAGUUCGAGCACAAUGAAAUCGAAGCAAAGAAGAAGAUCAUCCUUGCUCCUGGCGAGGGUGUCAAAGGCGAGGGUCUCCCUGAGGUCGGUGAGGCAUGGGGUGUUGAGAUGGGUGUCAGUUUGGGAAGCGGAAAGGUCAAGGUCAUUGAUGGCAAGCGUACGACUUUGCACCGCCGAACAGCAACCACCUAUGGACUUAAGCGCCCUACCUCUAGGCAGCUCCUCUCCGAAGUGGUCAAGAAAUUCGGCACUUUCCCUUUCAGUUUGAGGCAACUCGAGGACGAGAAGGCCGCCAAAGUGGGCGUUAUUGAGUGCGUGAGGGGUGGUGUGCUACGUCAAUACGAGGUGGUUGGCGAAAAAAACAACGACCCUGUGGCCCGACUUUUCACGACCAUUGCCAUCACUAAAAACGGCAUUACCCGCUUGGCUCAGCCACCCGCGCUUGAUAUCUCCAAAUACAAGACUGACAAGAAGAUCACCGAUGAGGAGAUUCUCAAGAUCCUCGAGCAGCCUAUCGGCAAAACAGCCUCCAAGAACAAGAACCGCAAGAAGAAGAAGAAGCCCGCCAAGAAAGCGGCCGCCGCGGGAGGCGAGGAGGAAGAAAGCAGUGAUGAGGAAUAA